UCAUGGUACGGAGUACACGCGUACCGCAGGCGUUCGCGUAUUAUCGAUAAAACACGUCAUCGACGCGUAAUUUUAAUAUUUCAAUAGUAAUUAAUUUAGUAAGUGCUCUAUCUAAUUUUAUAUUUGGGAGUGUUUCCAGUAGUGAUUGUCUUACCAUAGGUCUCCUCAGUCAACAGUUAACAAUGGCAGUUCAUCUCAUUUAAUCUUGUCUCCUCAGUCAACAGUUAUCAAUGGCAGUUCACCUCGUUUAAUCUUGUGGCUCUAUCUCUGCCGUUUAGCAGGAACCUUUAAACGUCAGGCGAGGCACGUGGACGACCUAACCUCACUUCUUUGUUUGUAAACAAACCGAUGUAAGUUAGAGGAAAAGUGGGAAAAUGUCCCGUUUAAUCGUGAAAAACCUUCCGAAAACUGUCACAGAAGAUAAGUUAAGGGAGCUUUUUUGCAACUAUGGCACAAUCACUGAUGUACAACUAAAAUACACUAAAGAAGGCACUUUUAGGAGGUUUAGCUUUGUGGGGUACCAGAACGAAGAGGAUGCAGACAAAGCCGUACAAAACCUUAACAAUACAUUCAUUAACACAAGUAAAAUAAGUGUGGAAAAGUGUGCUUUAUUGGGGGACUCCGCUAAGCCAAAAGCCUGGAGCAAAUAUGCCCCGGACAGCUCAGCUUUCCAAAAAAAGAAUAAACCUAAAAAGGAAAAGAUUAAGAAGGAAACUGAGCCCAAAGUAAAGAAAGAUGAGGCCCUAGAGAUCCUGGAAAAGUACAAAGACGAUCCGAUGUUCAAAGAGUUCAUGCAGGCCCAUGGCAAGGGAGAAAAACUGGAAAAACUUAGAGAAAACUUAAUUAAAUUGCAAAAAGAACAUGAUAAGCCUCAGCAGAAGGAGGACGAGGGGGCAAAGACCCCCCAAGAGCCCCUGUCUGAUCUUGAUUAUAUGAAGAUGUUGAUGCAGGGGGUGAAAAAUAGUGAAGUGGCUCUGGUGGAGAGGAAACCGAGGCAAAAAAUGGAGAAAAAGCCCAAGGAAAAAGUUAAAUUAUUUCAUUUAAAGCUCAAAGAUUUGCCUUAUAAGGUGAAAAAGAAGGAUAUUAAGGAGUUUUUUAGGCCAAACACCCCAUUUAGCAUUAGGAUCCCUAGGGACAUCCGAGGGAUUGCUUUUGUGGGUUAUAAGACAGAAAAAGCCUUUAAGAAGGCCGUGGCAAAGGACAAGAGCUUUAUCAAAGGUAAACAGAUUCAGGUGACCCCCUAUGAGGUGAAGGGUCAGAAGCAAGAAGAAGAGCCCAAAGACCCUAAAAAGGGCAAAUGGAAGAGCCAAGAGGAGGCACUGAAGAACGAGGAAGAUAUCGCUGAGUCCGGAAAGAUAUUCUUAAGGAACUUGGCCUAUACUACCACAGAAAAGGAGGUGGAAGAAUUGUUUUCCAAGUACGGCCCCAUCGCGGAAAUUAACCUCCCGAUCGACUCCGCCUCAAGAAAACCAAAAGGAUUCGGGGUCGUAACGUUCGUGAUGCCCGAGCAUGCCGUUAAAGCGUACGCGGACCUGGACGGAUCCGUUUUACACGGCAGAAUGAUGCACCUGUUACCCGGCAAAGCGAAAGACUUAAAAGAAGACGAGGAGUCAAAAAAUCCGCAAAAUUUCAAACAGAAAAAGUUGACGCAACAAAAAACCCAAGCCGGAUCUGCGCACAACUGGAACGCCCUGUUUUUAGGUCACGACGCAGUGGCGGAAGUCAUUGCCGACAACUUUGACGUCGACAAGUCGGCGGUGGUGGGACCGGACGGAAAAGGCAGCGCCGCAGUCCGGUUGGCCAUCGGGGAAACCCAGCUGGUCACGCAAACCAGGCAGUAUUUGGAAGAAAACGGGGUUCAGGUGGACGUUUUUAAUUUGGCUCCGAAGGUGCGUUCGAAAACGGUCAUCCUGGUGAAAAACCUCCCGUCCAGGACCGACCCCAAGGAAAUCCGGGACGUUUUCGCGAAAUUCGGCGACUUGGGGCGGGUGCUGAUGCCCCCCAGUGGCAUAACCGCCAUCGUGGAGUUCAUCGAGCCCUCCGAGGCCCGAAAGGCGUUCGCCAAGUUGGCCUAUUCGAAAUUUAAAAAUACGCCCCUGUAUUUAGAGUGGGCACCGGAAAAUUCCUUGCUACCUGAGAAAGAAAAGACAGAAAAUGUUGUAGUUGAGUCGAAUGGACCUAUAGAAGAAGAAGAAGAAGAGGAGGAGGAGCUUGAUCCAGAGCCGGACUCCACACUGUUCGUUAAAAAUUUAAACUUUGAAACCACCGAUGAGGGUCUUAAAAAGCAUUUUAGUGCUUGCGGCAAAAUAAAAUACGCGAACGUGGCCACGAAAAAGGACAAAAACAACCCGGGGGCUAAGUUGAGCAUGGGCUACGGGUUCGUGCAAUAUUACCUCAAAAAGAGCGCCGAUACGGCCCUGAAAACUCUCCAGCAAAGCCAACUGGACGGAAAAUCUUUGGAAAUCAAACGCUCCGAGAGAACUUUGAAGAACGACGUCGUAGCGAGUUCCACCGCAAGGAAAACCGCUAAAGUCACCAAACAGACCGGAUCUAAGCUCCUGGUGCGAAACGUGCCCUUCCAAGCCAACCGCAAGGAGGUCUUUGAGCUUUUCAGCACUUUCGGGGAGAUUAAGGCCUUAAGGCUCCCGAAGAAACUCACCCCCGGCGCGGAAAGUCAUCGGGGGUUCGCUUUCGUCGAUUAUGUGUCUCCUACCGAUGCAAAAUCUGCCUUUGAGGCUUUAAGCCAAAGCACCCAUUUGUACGGCAGAAGAUUGGUGCUCGAGUGGGCCACCACCGAGGAGGGAGUUGAGGAAAUUAGAAAAAGAACUGCCGAACAUUUUGGGGAGAAGGAAGAGGUAAAGUCUAAAAAGAGCGUCUUUAAUAUCGAGUAAAAGUAAUUGUUUUGUUUUUCUGUUA